AACCUCCCUCCUGUCAUCAACCCUCCAUUGCGUACGAUAGAGAAAUUCCUGGUGUGUGUUUGAGGAAGGAGCAAAGAGAAGGAAUUUGUAGCUUUUGCAGAAAAGCGUGUGAAACGCGCCAUCUUUUUCCUUUUUAACAUUUUUUUCACUUGUGGCGUUCGUGCGGAGUGUGUGGAAAGCAUUUCGUGCGGGACGAAUGGUGUGUGCGUGAGAACGUGAUGUCGCUCCUGCACGAUUCCCUCCACUACGAAGGGGAGAGUCCCAGCGACCUCCUGGGUGGCCUAGACCCCCUCGUGGCGCUUCAGGGUAUCGAGGGCCUAGCCCUGGAGCCCGAUGACCUCCGUGACGACAUCAGCAGCAUCUACACCACGCAGCAUUCGGAUUACAUUAUUUCGGACUACAUGGAGAAGAUUGGGACACGCAUCAAUCUGCUGGAGACUGAACUCAAAUUUGCCUGGAGGGCCCUGGAUUUACUUUCCAAUGAAUAUGGGAAAAUGUGGCAUCGCCUGCAGAAACUCGAGAAUCUCACGGUGGAGCAACAGACUGUGGUGGGGAACCUAAUGGCCCUGCAUAAAGCACCUAAGGUCUGCGUUGAAGCUGGUGACCUCACGAAGGCGGACACAAAGGAAUUCGAUGUGUUGCUUGAGGAUCUGCAGAAGGAGGCAUUAGCUGGGGAACGCGAUGCAAAGGAUAUGUUUGGGAGGGAUCCCUUCAAGGAGGGUUUGGGGAUGAUUUACGAAGACAACGAGGAAGAUUUGGAAGGAAUACAUGAGAUCUUCCUUUCAAUGCUACGUGGGGAGCAAGCAGCUCCGGCACCGGCAACAAGCCGGAAGGAGCGUAAGAAGCGCAACAAGAAUCACAAGAGCGAAAUGGAGAUUCUCAAUAAGUUGGUUAUUGGGGAGAAAGGUGGUGGAGCUGGGGGCGGCGGAGGAGGUGGGGGAGGUGGAGGAGGUGGAGGAGGUGGUGGUGCUGGAGAUGGGCGUACAGUGAAGCAAAUAAUGGAGGAACUAAUGAAGUUGGAUGAUGUGGCAAAUGUGGCGAAUGAACAGAAGAUGCUGCUUGAGGAAUUAAUUUCGCAGGAAAUUGAUUUCUUCGAUCGCGUCAACAUUGAUGCAAAUCUCCUUUUCCUCCUACUCAAUCCAAUGGGUAGAGAUGCAAGCCAGGACGGUAUCGUCGAGAGACUCCGACGGAAUAUUCAGACGGUUAAGAGGCUCCUGGGAGGGCAGUUUUUUGCCCAGGGCACGUCCCUCGGCCAGCCGGGGACGGUGCCGGAGUGCCAUAGGCUGGACAAAACCGACAUCAACAGCAACAAGCUCGGGGAGGCAGCAGCAGACACCUAUUCGGGUGAUGAGUACAUCCAAUCGCUGCGGAAAAGCCUCGAACGUCACAAUUCAAUGAUGUUUCUGCUACAUUUGCAAAAUCCCAAUUCACGCGAUGAUCUGGGCUUACUUCUUGAGGACCCAGCAGCUGGGGAUGAAUCACCACCACCUCCAGCACCGGCUGCUGAUGAUUUUGCCAAUCCCUUCAUCGUUCCUGAGUCCCCCAAACGAAAUCACAGCGAUUCGGGCGUUUCAUCUCUCUCAGGGGUCUCCACGAGAUCCCCAACAUCACCUGGACCGCUGUACACGCACGACAUCCCCAUGUAUUCGCGCUUUGAAACGGAAAUAACGUGCGUCAGCGAGGGCUCACGCAAUGCCCCAAUUUGUUCGGCAUUCGAACAUAAAUCCAUCUUUCGACCGCCCCACUAUCCAGAUCUCAUACAGCCAUCAUUUGAUACGCAUCUCGAGAGAGUGGAACCACCACCUCCUGUGACCAUGACAACCCGGAGGUGGACCCCUAGGGGACCACUACCAGGUGAUGCCGAUGAAAGUCAUCGAAAUCUCUUGGAUCGCUUAGUCUUCUACCCUGAGGCCCCGCCGAAAUCACCACCAAAGUAUUGGGAAGAACCCCAGCGUCCUACAAAAUACAUAUCGAGACUAUCGCAGCUGAUUCCUGAACUCAAGAUACGUCGCAUAACACGACGUCAUCGGUCACAGAGCUUACCAUCGGGCGUUGAGUGUGAACCGAAGGUUCCCAAGCAGUUGGGAGCAAAGAAGAAGAAACGUUCACUCGUUUCAACCAUGUCCAAUAUUAUGCAACGAGCUAAAAUUUAUCGGAGACAUAGCUUUUCGCACCAUCUACCUCCACAUUCGGAUACGGAAAUUGAAACACCUGCCACCAUGUCGGAUAAUGAUGAUUCCGGGAGUGAUCCAAUUAGGGAUCCUCUACCUGUUAGUGGUGGCGAUUCACUGAGGGAUUCCGUAUUCAUGAGUGAAUCAAUUAGAGAUCCAUUUGUGAGUGAUUCAUUGAGGAAUUCAGCUUUGAGCGAUUCAAUGAGGAACUCCGUUCUGAGUGACUCCUGUAUGCGGGAUCCUGUAACAAUGACUGACUCAGUAAGGGAUCCAAUUGUGAGUGAGCAAACGGAUCCAAUUAAGGAUUCGGGUGUGGAGUCACUGGAGGUGGUUAAGAGUGAACCAGUUGUAACACCUGAGACGGAUAUUUUCAUCUUUACCAGCGCCAGUAUGGAGUUUGCAGUUAGCCGGAAGAUUGGGAAGUUAAGGCAGAAGACUGUUUCGGAUGAUACGGAGAAUCCAAGUGAGGGAGAGACUCUGUGUGAGAUCAGUGAAACACUCUCAUCUCCUCCGCCGAAGGUGGCAUCACUUGGACCAAGUUUGGAUGUUCCUGGACGUGAUGAUGAUGACAGCAGGAGCCAACAUUCAUGGCGAACAAUGUCGUCACGUCGACAGAGCACGGAAGACAGCAUAGAUACGGAUGAUGAGUACUUCUGCUAUGAAUUACGUAUGCUUGAGGAAUUGGAACGUCGUAGUCACAUGGAUACACAGCCGCCGGUUAUACGGGAGGCAGAGCCACCGUUGGAGCCGACGGAAGAGGUGCGACAGCAUAUGAAUGAAGUGCUGGCUGAACUGAUAGCCACAGUUGAGCCACAAUCAGCAUAUGAGAGAUUUGCACAAGUAUCCGAUGCAUGGCACGAAGGUAAGGCUGAACCUGAACUUGAGGAUGCGGAAGUGGAGCACGAAGAGGCACCAAGUGAUGAUGACUACAGAUCAACGGCAACACCAUCAUCACUUGGUGAACCAGAGCAGCGAAGUGAAUCAUCCGGGGUGACAUCUGGCCCGGAUUCAGCUGCAAAGACUGAUGAUGAGGAUCGUAGAACACCAACACCGACACCUGAGCCGGUUGCACCGAAAACACCGUCUCCGGUUAAUCUCCCACCGGAGCCACCACCUGAUACACCAACAGCAAUACCCCCAGACGCCAAGGGGGACCCGUCAUUUGGGAGUAGCAAAUGGCGACUCCUGAAGACGCUGAAAGAGAAGAAGAUUGAAGAGAAAAAUAAUCAGGAGAAGAUGCGCGAAGAGGAGGCAACGAAAGAGAAAGAAAAAAAUGGAACUGGGACUUGCGAUGGCGUCGGACGUGGGAAUGGCCAUCCUGGAGACAAUCCUUUUUACAGUAACAUUGAUAGUAUGCCAGAUAUUCGUCCACGUCGCAAGUCUAUCCCUCUCGUAUCGGAAUUGACAAUGGCAGCUACAAAACGCAAUGCAGGUCUCACGUCUGCCGUACCACGGGCUACGUUAAAUGAUGAGGAAUUGAAAAUGCACGUCUACAAGAAAUCCCUCCAAGCUCUCAUUUAUCCCAUUUCCUCAACGACACCACACAACUUUGUCCUGUGGACUGCCACGUCACCAACGUACUGCUACGAAUGCGAAGGUCUCCUCUGGGGGAUUGCCCGUCAAGGGGUUCGAUGUACCGAAUGUGGGGUGAAGUGUCAUGAAAAAUGCAAAGAUCUCCUCAAUGCAGACUGUUUGCAGCGUGCUGCUGAGAAGAGUUCCAAGCAUGGGGCUGAGGAUAAAGCUAAUAGUAUCAUAACAGCCAUGAAGGAACGUAUGAAGCAGCGAGAAAUUGAAAAACCAGAAAUCUUUGAGCUAAUCAGAGCUGUCUUCAGCGUUGAAGAAAAGAGUCAUUCAGGACAUAUGAAGGCAGUUAAGCAGAGCGUUCUCGAUGGUACAAGUAAAUGGUCGGCAAAAAUUGCAAUAACAGUAAUCUGCGCUCAGGGAUUGAUUGCCAAGGAUAAGAGUGGCACAAGUGAUCCCUAUGUCACCGUCCAAGUGAGCAAGGUGAAGAAACGCACACGCACAAUGCCACAGGAGUUGAAUCCUGUGUGGAAUGAAAAGUUCCAUUUUGAAUGCCAUAAUUCAUCAGAUCGCAUCAAGGUACGCGUAUGGGAUGAAGAUAAUGACCUCAAAUCGAAGCUGAGGCAAAAAUUAACACGCGAAUCUGAUGAUUUCCUGGGGCAGACAAUCAUUGAAGUUAGAACACUUAGCGGUGAGAUGGAUGUGUGGUAUAAUCUUGAGAAACGGACCGAUAAGUCCGCUGUUUCUGGGGCCAUUCGUCUUCACAUAUCCGUUGAGAUUAAGGGUGAGGAAAAGGUAGCACCGUAUCACGUACAGUACACGUGCCUCCAUGAGAAUCUCUUCCAUUACCUGUGCGAAGAGAAUACGGGCAUGGUGAAGUUGCCAACAAUGAAGGGUGAUGAUGCGUGGAAGAUUUAUUUUGAUGAAAUCCCCGAAGAGAUUGUCGAUGAAUUUGCAAUGCGAUAUGGGAUUGAGAAUAUCUACCAAGCUAUGACGCAUUUUCACUGCCUGUCGACAAAGUAUCUGUGUCCGGGUGUACCGGCAGUCAUGAGUACUCUCCUGGCCAACAUUAAUGCCUACUAUGCCCAUACAACAGCCUCAUCGGCCGUUUCUGCGAGUGAUCGCUUUGCAGCAAGUAAUUUUGGGAAGGAGAAAUUUGUGAAGCUUCUGGAUCAGCUGCACAAUUCACUCAGGAUUGAUUUGUCCAUGUAUAGAAAUAACUUCCCGGCGUCGAGUUAUGAGAAAUUAAUGGACCUCAAGUCAACAGUUGACCUCCUCACGAGUAUAACGUUCUUCAGGAUGAAGGUUCAGGAACUGAGUAGUCCACCGAGAGCUAGUACUGUUGUUAAGGAUUGUGUCAAGGCAUGCCUUCGUUCAACAUAUCAAUUCCUCUUUGAGAACUGCUACGAGCUCUACAAUCGAGAGUUCCAGGUGGAUCCGAACGAGGCAAAACGUGACCCUGACGAUCAUGGACCAAAGCUCGAUAGUGUAGACUUUUGGCAUAAACUAAUAGCCCUGAUUGUGAGCGUAAUUGAUGAGGAUCGCAAUAGCUAUGGCACAGUGCUCAAUCAAUUCCCCCAAGAACUCAAUAUUGGGCAACUUUCAGCUGCCACAAUGUGGAGUCUCUUUGCCGUUGACAUGAAGUAUGCCCUUGAGGAGCAUGAGCAGCAGCGUCUGUGCAAAUCAGCAGCCUAUAUGAAUUUGCACUUUAAAGUAAAAUGGUUGUACACCAACCACGUACGUGAAGUGCCCCCAUACAAGGGUGCUGUCCCCGAGUACCCAGCAUGGUUUGAACCCUUCGUCAUGCAGUGGCUCAAUGAGAAUGACGAUGUUUCACUCGAAUACCUCCAUGGAGCGUUUAAUCGCGACAAAAAAGAUGGCUUCCAAAAGAGUAGUGAACAUUCACUUUUCUCCAACUCAGUUGUGGAUGUCUUUACGCAGUUAACGCAAUGCUUUGAUGUUGUAUCGAAGCUCGAAUGUCCCGAUCCGGAAAUUUGGAAACGCUACAUGCGUCGCUUUGCAAAGACAAUCGUUAAGGUGCUCAUUACCUAUGCGGACAUUGUUAAAGCCGAAUUCCCGGAGCAUAUGAUAGAUGAACGUAUAGCUUGCAUCCUCAUGAAUAACAUUCAGCAAUUGCGUGUGCAACUGGAGAAGAUGUUUGAAUCAAUGGGUGGGGAUAAAUUGGAGGAGGAUGCUGCGAAUAUUCUGAAGGAUUUGCAACAAAAUCUCAAUAGUGCACUGGAUGAUCUUGCUUGUUUGUUUGCUAUAAGUUUGGAGCCACGUAUAACGCAGAGUGUGAAGGAAUUGGGGGAUUUGUUGCUUUCAAUAAAGGGUGGGGGGACAACCCCGGGGCAGAAUACACCACGGAAUGCUGUUGCCAAUGAAGCUGAUGAGGUAUUGAGGCCAUUGAUGGAUCUUCUGGAUGGUUCAUUGACGCUCUAUGCGGAAUCAUGCGAGAAGACCGUACUGAAACGCUUGCUCAAGGAAUUGUGGAAGAUUGUGAUGCGUAUUCUUGAGAAGACAAUCGUGCUUCCACCCAUGACAGAUCGCACGAUGAUGUUCAAAAAUCUCACGGAUAAUGCCAAGAAUUUGGCUGCAAAUGCAAAGAUUGAGGACAUGUCGCGUCUCUUUAAAAAUCACAUGGCAGGGAAGCAGGAUGUGAAGAAUGCACUCAGUGGAGUCAUGGAUAUUUCCAAAGAGGUGGAGAAGAACCUCUCGCCCAAACAAUGUGCCGUCCUGGACGUCGCUCUCGAUACCAUUAAGCAGUACUUCCAUGCUGGUGGGAAUGGACUGAAGAAGACCUUCCUGGAGAAAUCUCCUGAACUCCAGAGUCUUCGUUAUGCGCUUAGUCUCUACACACAGACCACAGAUACCCUCAUAAAGACCUUCAUUACAAGUCAAAUUCACGAAGAUCCCCAAAAUCCUGAGGAGAGUGUCGGUGAAGUAUCCGUUCAGAUAGACUUGUUUACACACCCGGGAACGGGAGAGCACAAAGUUACUCUCAAAGUUGUUGCUGCAAAUGAUCUCAAGUGGACCAUUCAGUCGGGCAUGUUCCGACCUUUUGUGGAGAUCAAUCUUAUCGGACCACAUUUGCAGGAUAAGAAACGGAAGCACGCAACAAAAUCCAAGUCUAACAAUUGGUCACCGAAAUAUAAUGAAUCAUUCCAUUUUGCCAUUGGAAAUGAGGAGCAGCUAGACUUUUUCGAGCUUCAUAUUUGUGUUAAGGACUACUGCUUCGCUCGCGAGGAUCGCCUUGUGGGCGUUGCUGUUCUUCAGCUGAAGGACAUCAUUGAACAGGGCUCAUGCGCCUGUUGGCUCACCCUUUCGAAGCGUAUCCAGAUGGACGAGACUGGAUGGACCAUUCUACGGAUUCUGUCGCAGAGGAAUAAUGACGAAGUCGCCAAGGAGUUCGUCAAACUCAAAUCCGACAUCAGACAGGAGCCGCCACUCGUUCCACAGUAACUUAAUCACAACAACAACAACACAAAGGGAGUGCAUUAUCGUCUACAUUAUGGGUUGAUCUCAAAUAAAUAUCAUGAACAUACACAAAA